CCUGGGGGAUGGACAGGGUGGGGAAGGGCUGGGCCAUUCAUCCAGAGGGGCUAAGGGCCUUGGUGGUGGGCCCGUGACCCUCCUCGCGCUCCCUUCCAGCCCUACCAGCUGCUUCGGGGUGGGCAGCCCUCAGGAGGAAGGGCUGGCCUGGGAGGAGCCAGCGGCCCCUCCGGAUGUGUUCUCAGGCCCUGCCCGCUGCCCUGCCCCGUACACCUUCUCCUUCGAGAUGCUGGUCACUGGGCCAUGCCUGCUAGCAGGCCUGGAGAGCCCUUCUCAUGCUCUGCGGGCAGACGCCCCACCUCAUGCCAGCUCCGCAGCCACCAUCUGUGUCACAUUAGCAGAGGGCCACCACUGUGACCGGUCAUUGGAGAUCCUGCUGCACCCCAGUGAGCCCCACCAGCCACACCUGAUGCUAGAGGCCGGCAGCCUGAGCUCAGCAGAAUAUGAGGCCCAGGUGAGGGCCCGCCGGGACUUCCAGAGGCUACAGCGAAGGGACAGUGAUGGGGACCGGCAGGUGUGGUUCCUACAACGACGCUUCCACAAGGACAUCCUGUUAAACCCCGUGCUGGUGCUGAGCUUCUGCCCGGACCUGAGCUCUAAGCCUGGAAACCUGGGCACAGCCACACGGGAGCUUCUCUUCCUGCUGGAUGGCAGCAGCAUAGCGCACAAGGAUGCCAUUGUUUUGGCUGUGAAGUCACUGCCACCACAAACGCUCAUCAACCUGGCCAUGUUUGGCACGUCGGUGCGGCCCCUCUUCCCAGAGAGCCGGUCUUGCAGUGAUGACACUGUGCAGCUGAUCUGUGAGAACAUUGAGACCCUGCAGGCUGAGAGUGGUCCCCCAGAUGUGCUGGCUGCACUGAACUGGGCCAUGGGGCAGCCCCAGCACAAGGCCCGCCCUCGGCAGCUCUUCCUCCUGACUGCUGCCUCGCCCGUGGCCGCUGCUACCCAUCAAACCCUGGAGCUCAUGAGGUGGCACAGGGGGGCAGCCAGGUGCUUCUCCUUUGGGCUGGGGCCUGCCUGCCACCAGCUGCUCCAGGGGCUGUCUGCCCUCAGCAGGGGCCAGGCCUACUUCCCAAGGCCUGGGGAGAGGCUGCAGCCCAUGCUGGUGCAGGCUCUCCGGAAGGCACUGGAGCCUGCUUUGAGUGACAUCUCUGUGGACUGGUUUGUGCCUGAUGCGGUGGAGGCACUGCUGACCCCCCGGGAGAUCCCAGCACUCUACCCUGGGGACCAGCUGCUCGGUUACUGCUCACUCUUCAGGGUGGAUGGCUUCCGGUCCCGUGCCCCAGGGGGCCAAGAACCCGGCUGGCAGAGCUUGGGAGGCUCCGUGUUCCCAUCCCCAGAGGAGGCACCAUCUGCCACCAGUCCUGGCACUGAGCCCACUGGCACCUCGGAGCCGUUGGGAACGGGCACUGUGUCAGCAGAGCUGUCCAGCCCGUGGGCUGCUGGGGACUCAGAACAGAGUACUGAUGCUUUGACAGACCCAGUCACAGACCCCGGACCCAAUCCCUCCUCUGACACAGCCAUUUGGCGCCGCAUCUUCCAGUCAUCGUACAUCCGGGAGCAGUAUGUGCUCACUCACUGCUCUGCCAGCCCAGAGCCAGGUCCAGGCUCCACAGGCAGCAGCGAGUCCCCUGGCUCCCAGGGCCCUGGCUCCCCUGAGGGCACUGCUCCCCUGCAUCCCCCUUCUCAGCAGGGCUGCCGCAGCCUGGCCUGGGGAGAACCUGCAGGCUCCCACUCCUGCCCCCUGCCUCUACCCCCAAUGGCUCCAGUCAAGCCUGGGGCCUUGAGUGCUGAGGUGCUGGGUCGUCGACGCAGAGCAGCUCUGGCUGGCCGGAGCCUCUCAUCUCCCCCGGGCCAGGUGAACCCAGUCCCUGGCCGUCCCCGACACCCCUCUCUGGGCAUAGCACCAGAUGGGCCAGGCCCUGAGUCAGGGCAGCAGCUGGGACAGGGCCUGGAUGACUCAGGAAAUCUGCUCUCCCCGGCCCCCAUGGACUGGGACAUGCUGAUGGAACCCCCCUUCUUAUUCACAGCUGUGCCCCACAAUGGGGAAUCAGCCUCUCCAGCAGUGGAACUGCCUCCUCAGGCUCCACGCUGCCACGUGGUGAUCCGAGCCCUGUGUGGGGAGCAGCCUAUGUGCUGGGAGGUGGGUGUUGGGCUAGAGACACUAUGGGGACCUAGUGAUGGCUCACUGCCUCCGUCACCCCCUCAAAGAGAAAGUGCUUGGGACCAAGCACUCCAUCGGCUGACAGCAGCCUCCGUGGUCCGGGACAAUGAGCAGCUGGCUCUCCGUGGAGGGGCUGAGGCCAUGGCUGACCAAGGCCAUGCCCGGAGGUCCUGGCUCCGAGCCCUUCAGACGAGCAAGGUCAGCUCUGCCCCUUCCUGCUUCACCUGCCCCGUAGCUGUGGAUGCUACCACCAGGGAGGUCCUACCCUCAGCCCUGCAGGUGCGGAGCUCAGAGCUAGCUGAGCCCCCAAGCACUUCUGCCUCUCAAGGCCAACUAGAUGCAGCUCCUUUGCCUACAGCUGUCCACGCUAAAGGACUUCAGGGAGGCUCUGUGGUAGGUGGCUGGAACCCAGACCAAAAUGGCAACUCCAAGUCAGUCACCAGAAGUCCUCAUCACUGCCCCCCCCAGCCUCCCUCUAGGCUCAGCCUGGGCGGUGGGAGGGCCAGAGGCUCUGACAGCCACAGACUCUGCAGCACCAACCGGGGCCAGGCUGGCGACAGCAACAGUAAAGGCAGCGACCACGACUACUUGCCCUUGGUGCGGCUACAGGAGGCACCUGGCUCCUUCCGCCUAGAUGCACCCUUCUGUGCAGCAGUACACAUCCCUCGGGAGCGCCUGUGCCGCGCUUCGCCCUUUGCUGCACACCGCGCCAGCCUCAGCCCCACCUCGGCCUCCUCUCCCUGGGCACUUCUGGGGCCUGGUGUUGGCCAGGGUGACAGUGCCACGGCCUCCUGCAGCCCGUCCCCCAGCUCAGGCUCUGAGGGUCCAGGCCAGGUGGACAGUGGACGGGGUUCAGACACUGAGGCCUCAGAGGGAGCAGAAGGGCCCGGAGGUGCGGACCUGCGGGGCCGGACCUGGGCCACCGCUGUGGCGCUCGCCUGGCUGGAGCACCGCUGCGCUGCUGCCUUCGGCGAGUGGGAACUGGCAGCAGCUAAAGCUGACUGUUGGCUACGGGCCCAGCACCUACCUGAUGGCCUUGACCUAGCUGCCCUCAAAGCUGCAGCCCGGGGUCUCUUCCUGCUGCUGCGCCACUGGGACCAGAACCUGCAGUUACACCUGCUGUGCUACAGCCCCGCAAAUAUGUGAGGGCUGCCCACUGCUCUGGCUGGCGCUGCCCAACACACUCAAGUCACUGCCACCGGGGCCGGCUUCUCGGUACUGGGAGGGGCAGGCCGGUAUCCACCUGACCCCUACUGCUUCUCAUCCCCUGCCCUCACAGAAAGUGCCUGCCUGUGCUCUCUCCCACUCCUCCCAUCCCAUGCCUCUUCCCCUCUGAGCUCUGUGCAGUGCGGUGGAAGGGUAGAGAGCCACAGUCCCCAAAUCCUAUGCAAUAAAGUGCCUCUUAAGACUGCCCAAGUGAGUUC